AUGACAAUUGACAAAAGUUGGAUGAUUAUGAGGAAUCGACUCUCUCGUGAGUAUAGAGUUGGUGUCCGCUUGUUUCUCCAACGAGCUACUCAAUAUGCUAAUGAAAAUAGGGAGAUUAGAUGUAUGUGUAACAAUUCUUUGAAUCAUCUGCUCCAACCGCUACCUUUAGUGGCGCUACAUUUGGUACAACAUGGAAUUCAAUUAUCAUACAAUGUAUGGGAUUACCAUGGCGAAAAACAUGACCAUCCAUCUGCAGAGCAAGAAGUUAUAUUAGAUGGUGGUGUGCAUGAUGAAAUGGCAGGUAUUUUGGCUGAUAUAAGUGGGCAUGUAGAAAUUGGAGAAUCCAGUGAGCCUAUUCAAGCAGGAAAUGAUCAAAAUAAGAACCUCGAUGAAAUAUUCAAGCAAUUGGAGAAAGAAUUGUAUCCAGGGUGUGAAAGUUUCUCGGCGCUUAAUUUCUUAGUGAAAUUAAUGCAUGUGAAGGUGUUGAACAAGUGGAGUGAAAAAUCUUUUGAUAUGUUACUUGGCUUAAUGAAGAAAGCAUUUCCCUUCGCAAUAUUGCCCAACUCUCACUAUGAGGCAAAAAGUAAGUUGAGUGAUAUUGGACUCGGGUACGAGAUAAUACAUGUCUGCCAACAUGAUUGUGCUCUGUUUUGGAUAGAGAAUGUUGAUCUAAACAGCUGUCCAAUAUGUGGUGAAAGUCGAUGGGUAAACAAAAGCACAAAAGGAAAAAAGGUUCCAAAAAAGGUGAUGCGCUACUUUCUUUUAACUCCUAGGUUGAAAUGUUUAUUUAGUUCAAGACACACUGCACUUGAUAUGAGAUGGCAUGAUUUCGAGCGACCAAAAGAGAAUGGUGUUUUGAGGCAUCCAACUGAUAGUCAAGUUUGGAAAACAUUUGAUAAGAAUUAUCCAACAUUUGCAAUGGAUCCUAGAAAUGUGCAAUUGGGAUUGACAACUGAUGACAUAGAUGUAUAUCUUCGGCCACUUGUUGAGGAGUUAAAACAGUUAUGGGAACAAGGAGUACAUACUCGAGAUGCAGUGACUGAUGAUAAUUUUUUAAUGCGUGCAGUAGUCAUUUGGACCAUCAAUGAUUACCCUGCAUAUGCUAUGAUGUCUGGGUGGAGUAUAAAAGGAUAUAAAGCGUGUCCAACUUGCAAUGAAGAAACUCCUUCAAAAAAAAUGAGUAAGAUUGCUUAUAUUGGACAUAGGUGUUUUCUUCCCAUGGAUGAUGAAAUGAGAAAUAUCAAAAAAUUUGAUGGAAAAAUUGAACGAAGAAGGCCUCCAAGGAAGUUAACUACUGAAAAUAUUUUAGCACAGUUAGAACAUUUGCAAGAUAGACUUCCUAGUAAACAUAAAGAAUACGGAGGUGUUAAACGCAAGCGUUCACCAGACGAGCUUAACUGGGCAAAGAAGAAAGGCAAAACAAAAGACACAGAUAAGGCUAGACUUGAUCUUGAAGACAUGGGGAUUAGGAAGGAGUUCAGGAAUCAGAUCAUUCUUGAAAAAAGAACUUCGAGAAUUAUCAUUGAGCUAUGUAACUUCUUCCAACAAAUAUGCGCCAAGACUUUAAACGUAAAAGAUCUUGAGAAGAUGCAAGAUAACAUUGUCAUUAUUUUAUGCAAGCUUGAAAGAAUAUUCCCUCCGGUGUUCUUUGAUAUCAUGGUUCAUUUAACUCUUCAUUUGCCUAAUGAGGCAAUAAUGGGUGGUCCAGUACAUUUUAGACGGAUACCGGAAAGAAAUGAUGAAAGGACGGAAAUAUGCCCACCUCGAGAAAUUUCUGUUUUCAAGCAUGUUGGUCGACCAUUGGGCAAAAAAGAGGAUAAAGUUCUUGAAUCAUCACUACGAAGUAAGGCAGAAUGUGAACACAUGGAUGAAUUACGUGCUAGAGGGGUGCAAGAUUUGGACCAGCAACAAGAAGUUGAGUUUCCAACCUGGUUUAGAAACAAAGUUAAUGAAAUGCAAGAAGAUAGGUCGUUUGAGAUUUCUGAUGAAUUAUAUGCCUUAGCUAAUAGAUGGAAUUUUAAUGCAUACUCAUAUUCUCGUGCUAUUGUGAAUGGUGUUAAAUUUCUUGUGGAGCAACGAGAUGUAAUACUAACCACUCAGAAUAGUGGUAUUCUUGUUCCUGGAGAGAAUGAACAAAACUUCUAUGGUGUCCUUCAUGAAGUCAUAGAAUUAAUUAAAGAAGACAACAAAUUCACAAGUGUGUAUAUUGGGGCAGAAUGGUAUAAGAAUGAUCCAUUUAUAUUGGCAUCUCAAGCAAAAUCAAUUUACUACUUGAAUAAUGACAAGAAUGGGCCAUUGUGGAAAUUGGUGCAGACUCACACUCCACGUAAUUUUUGGGAUUUUCCAAAUGUUGAAGAGGAAAAUGAAGUUGAAGCAUCUAUGGAUGUGCAUAUAGUACAAGAAGCUAAUUCACAACCAUUUCAAUUAGUUGUGGAAUUGCCAAAAUGA